CAUGUCUCUACGCCGCAGAGAUGGCAGGAGGUGCGCGGAGAAAAUCUCCAAGUCCCCACUCCCCACUGUGGGGGAAACUUCACACACUGUGGGAGGACAAACAUUUGGUCCUGUUCAAGACGGAAUACACGUUACUAGUCGUUUCAGUUUUGUGGUUGCUGGAGAUCGGGAUCAAUGUGUGGGUCAUACAAAAAGUAGCAUACACUGAGAUAGACUGGAAAGCCUACAUGGAUGAAGUAGAGGGAGUCAUCAAUGGUACCUACGACUACACCCAGCUUAAAGGAGACACCGGCCCCUUGGUGUACCCAGCUGGCUUUGUCUACUUCUUCACAGCUCUCUACUACAUCACCAGCCAUGGGGUGAAUAUCCGUCUGGGCCAGUACCUCUUUGCUGUUUUCUACCUUAUCACACUGCUGCUAGUCUUCAGGAUAUACUACCGCACUAAGAAGGUUCCUCCCUAUGUGUUCUUCUUUGUGUGUUGUGCUUCUUAUCGAAUUCACUCCAUCUUCGUGCUGCGUCUCUUUAAUGAUCCUGUGGCCAUGAUGCUGCUGUUUGCAGCUGUCAACCUCUUCAUAGAUGAAUACUGGAUCCUGGGCUGCGGUCUUUAUAGUUUAGCAGUGUCUGUGAAAAUGAAUGUGCUUCUUUUUGCUCCCGGACUACUUUUCCUCCUCGUGUCUGAGUUUGGUCUAAUCAGGACAAUCCCCAAACUUUCUUUGUGUGCAGGAAUACAGCUUUUGCUGGGUCUGCCUUUCCUCCUGGAGAAUCCUGUUGGUUAUCUGAGCCGGGCGUUUGAUCUUGGCCGUCAGUUUAUGUUCAAGUGGACGGUCAACUGGCGCUUCCUGCCAGAAUGGCUCUUCUUGAAUCGGUACUUCCACUUACUCCUGCUGGCUGCCCACCUGCUCACCCUGCUGGUGUUUGCUCUCCGCCGUUGGAAAAGGCCAGGAGAAACUAUCUUGGAACUACUCAAGGAGCCAGGCAAAAGGAAGAUCCCUGCUCAGAAAAACACUGUUGAUCAGAUAGUGCUGAUUUUGUUCACCUCUAACUUCAUUGGCAUGUGCUUUAGCCGUUCGUUGCACUACCAGUUCUACGUCUGGUACUUCCACACGCUGCCUUACCUGCUCUGGAGUGGAGGGGUCAAGAAGCUGGCCCACCUGCUCAGAGUCCUGAUCCUGGGUCUGAUCGAGCUUUCAUGGAACACCUACCCCUCUACUAACAGCAGCUCAGCCGCACUUCACGUCUGUCAUGUCAUCAUCCUUCUCUGUCUAUGGCUGGCUCCGCCCCCGCCUUCAGCCCCAGCAGGAGCACAACAAGAUACACCUGUUAAGGACAAACGCCAGUGAGCCACAGCCUGAUCGGACCGGACGCCAUAUUUAGACUAAUCAGCUGCAUAACAGCAUCCAUCCUCCUCCUCUCUUUGAUCCUCACAACACCGGUGCAGAGGGAGGCCACUGGGAUGGACUGUUUCUAAGUGAAUACAAGGAGCCAUUUGAUGCUUCUCAUCAGCUCACUGCUAAAAGUGAAGGAAGCUAACAUGUGGGUGCAGUCUGCAGACAGAUACCUACAUGAUGAAAUGGCAUGUAAUAGUCCCCUGCAGUUGAAAAAAAAAAAAAGGAAGAAAAUAUUCUCAGGUUUCAUUUUCAGAUUCACAAUAGGAAGAGUGGAGUAGAGUGCUAGGAGGAAAUUGUGAAUGUUAUGCUAUUUUGAAAAAAAUAUGUUACAUAGCCUAUGUUUCAACCUAGUAUGUUAAAACCGCACUCUAUCCAUAUUUCAACUGGCCUAAUAUUUUUUUUUGUUUGUUUGGUGAUCUGAUCUAAUCCAAAACCUGGUGCACACAUUAUCUUGUAUGUUGUAUUAAGAAGGCAAUAUAUUAAAGAAAGCAUUAAUAUGACAGGAUGUAGAAUGUAGCACCCAAAGUUUUAAAUCAGUUGCAUGUCAGGCAUUGGUCUGUGGCAUUUCCACUUGCCACAGCAGCUGCAGUAUUCUCCAAUACAAGAAGUUAAAGAAGUUAAAAAAUGUUACACAAAUGUGUAAAACUAAGCUGUUGACAAUCCUGUCUGAUUUGUCACUUAAUUGAUUCAUCAUCCGUGGUGAGUGGCGCACUAUACUCAAAAGCACAUAAGUAGAAUUAAUGUGAAAAAUGUGCAGUAGAGUGAUGCAGCAGUCGUGUGUGACCUUUUAUAUUAAACAGAUGCCACUUAAA